AUGCUGAUGAAGAAAGUCAUGAUGAUAAUCACUCGAGUGUUAAAGAAAACUACCGGAGAAGAUAACAAGAAAACAGAGAUGUUUAUGACGGCAAACCGCACAGUGAGAACGGGGUUGACGGCGUCAGCCGUGAUAUCAUCAUGGCUGUGGACGACUGCGCUGCUCGGGUCUUCCUUUGUCGGAUACGACUACGGCGUGUCGGGGUCAUUCUGGUUUGCCGCCGGGUGUAGUCCCAUGAUCGUUUUCUUCGCCUUACUUGGAAUAUCAUGUAAACGAAAGAUCCCGGAAGCUCACACUUCGCUUGAAGUUGUUCGGAUCCGCUAUGGGAGAGUCGCACAUGUCGUGUUCAUGACUCUUUGCUUGGUCAACAAUAUUUUUGCAUGUGCGAACAUGCUACUCGGCGCGGCUGCGGCUAUCUCAGCAGUGACUGGAAUACAUAUUAUCGCCGCGACAUUCCUAUUGCCGGUCGGAGUAACCGUUUACACUUUCGUCGGUGGCAUUAAAGCAACGUUCUUAACAGACUACUUCCACACGGCAAUCAUCCUAAUUAUCGCUUGCUACUUCUCCAUAAAAGCCUUUACGUACGAGGAGGUCGGGUCGGUCGGAAAAUUAUACGAUCUUGUGCAGGCCGCCGCUCAACGGCAUCCCGUUGCUGGAAACCACAAUGGAAAUUACUUGACAAUGACAUCGAAGGGAGGAAUUCUUUUCGGUAUUCUGCACAUCUGUUCCAACUUUGGUCUGGUCAUCAUGGACACCAGCUACUUCAUCAAAGCCUUCUCAGCUGCCCCAUCGUCAGUCGUACCGGGAUACACGAUCGGAGGUGUCGCAUAUUUUGCUAUCCCAUGGGCUCUGGGCACUAUCAUGAGCUCACUGGCUCUUGGUCUCGAGAAUAGUUCAUCUUUUCCUACUUAUCCUCGGAGAAUGACAACGACCGAAGUCAGCAACGGUCUCGUCCUGCCCUACGCCGCUAUGACCAUCGCAGGCAAGGGAGGCGCUGCAGCCGUCCUACUCAUGACCUUCAUGGCUGUAACAUCCACGCUCUCUGCCCAGGUCAUCGCCGUCAGCUCUAUUCUCAGUUUCGAUGUCUAUCGACAAUAUUUCAACCGGAACGCAUCCGACAGAGAUAUCAUUCGUGCUAGCCACUUCGGAGUUAUCUUCUUCGCUGCUUUCUCCGCCGGAUUUAGCACGAUGUUACACUACGUCGGCAUUGAUCUUGGAUGGACGCUAUAUAUGCUCGGCGUGGUGACCUGUCCCGGCAUCUUCCCUAUGGCAUUCACCAUCCUCUGGCGUCGGCAAAGCACGGCUGCAGCGAUCCUCUCGCCCAUCCUAGGCAUGGCCACGGGUAUUGGCGUUUGGCUCGGCACCGCGCAGCAUUUCUACGGUUCAGUUUCCGUCUCAGCAACGGGUCAAAUUUUCCCCUGUGUCUAUGGAACCGUGGCAUCGGCUUGCUCGCCCAUCUUGUACUCGGUGGUAAUCACCUUGAUCCGACCGCAGAAAUACGACUGGUCGGAGUUCAAAAAGGAGAAGCUCGCGCUCGAAAAGCUGAACAGUGAUCUAACGACCGUGCCUAACGAGCACAUUACGCAGCAAAAUAAUGCCGAGACUGGGCCAAGAAAUAUAUCCGCUCCGGAGACAAAAGAACUCAAACGAUGGGGUCGCAUAGCCGCAUUUUGGUCCAUCGCGACGUUCUUGGGUCAUUGGGUUAUCUGGCCGCUACCGAUGUAUGGGUCGAAUUAUGUGUUUGGAAAGGGGUUCUUCUCUGCGUGGAUUAUUGUCGCGAUUAUCUGGCUGUGGGGAACAACACUCAUCGCUAUAUUCUAUCCUAUCUUGGAUGGGGGCUUUCAGCAGAUUGCGCAGGUUUAUCGCGGACUGCGAGGAAGGGGUACAUGGACACAUGAUGAUGAAAGGGCUGAGACGCCCUCAUCGCCGUCUGUUACGGGGGUGCAGGGGGUGGAUAAAGAGGGCAUCUAA